AUGGUUCCCAAUGAAGUUCAUCAAUAUAUUGGGAUAAUCCGAUUACUUCGAUAUUUUGGAUGGACCUGGAUUGGACUCUUUAUUGUGAGUGAUGAUAGUGGAGAACAUUUCUUGGACUUCUUGGAGUCUUUGCUUUCACAGAAUGGAAUCUGUUCAGCUUUCACAGAAAGGAUUCCACAACAAGCUCAGUUGGAUGAUGUAGGCAAAGUUUUUGAUACCAUCACAAGAAUAUAUCUCUCUAUAACAGAGAAGAAAACGAAUGUUUUUAUCACUUAUGGAGACUCUAUAACCAUGAAUUGGCUGAGAGCUCUGAUGCUUCAAGCAGACACUGACAAUAACAGUACCUUAUUUGGAAAGGUGUGGAUCAUGAUGGCUCAACUUGAUUUCAUAUCCACAGGCAUGACAAGGGCCUGGGGCUUUAACCUAAUGCAAGGUGCACUUUCCCUCACAAUACACUCAACAGAUAUUCCUGGGUUCAAGGAAUUUCUUCAGAAGGUGAAACCAAAUUGGACCCAGGGAGAUGGUUUUCACAAGAUUUUCUGGGAGCAGGUCUUUGACUGUUUCUUCCCAGAUCCAGAAAUGCUGAUGAAAGUUACUGAAGCAUGCACUAGUGAGGAGAAGCUGGAGAGCCUUCCUGCAACUCUUUUUGAAAUGAACAUGACUGGCCACAGCUACAGUAUCUAUAAUGCUGUCUAUGCCUUGGCUCAUGCUUUGCAAGCUCUUUACUCAGUGACAUCCAAACACAGAGGAAUGCCAAGGGGUAAAAGUAAUGAAUCCCAGUCUCUCCAGCCUUGGCAGCUCCAUCAAUUUCUUCAAGGCAUUUCAUUCAACAACUCAGCUGGAGAAACAGUGUCUUUUGAUGAUAAUAGGGAAAUAGUAGGUGGAUUUGACAUAAUGAACAUAAUCAUGUUCCAUAAUAACUCCUUCCAGAGAGUGAAAGUUGGGCAUGUGGCUCUGAAGAGUAUUGGGGAAGAAGAAUUCAUCAUUCAUGAGGAUUUGAUUGUUUGGCCUGGGCAUUUUAACCAGGUAGUUCCCAUUUCUCUGUGUAAUGAACACUGUUAUCCAGGCCACCAGAAGAAAAAGAAAGAAGGAGAAAAGUUUUGCUGUUAUGAUUGCAUUCCAUGUCCAGAAGAGAAGAUUUCAAAUCAAACUGAUAUGGAUGACUGUUUUAAAUGCGCAGAAGAUCAGUAUUCAAAUGAACAUAAAAAUAAAUGCAUGAAUAAAACAAUACGUUUUCUGGCCUUUGAAGAACCUUUGGGCAUUGGGUUAGCCUCCAUUGCUGUUUCAUUUUCCUUGAUCACUGCUUUGGUCCUUGGAGUUUUUGUCAAGAACAAAGACACCCCCAUAGUCAAGGCCAACAACCGAGACCUCACUUAUGGUCUUUUGGUCUCUCUUCUACUUUGCUUUCUCUCUUCCUUGCUCUUUCUUGGCAAACCUAGUAAAGUGACUUGCCUUCUCCGUCAGCCAACUUUUGGCAUCAUCUUCUCUGUGGCUGUUUCCUGUAUUUUGGCAAAAACCACCCUAGUUUCUCUAGCCUUCCUAGCCACAAAGCCUGGAUCUAGGAAGAAGAAAUGGAUAGGGAAGAAACUGGCUCGUGACAUUGUCCUCCCAUGUUCCCUGUUGCAAACAAGUAUUUGUAUUCUAUGGUUAUUAUCCUUCCCUUCUUUCCCUGAAUUAGACAUGUACUCAUUGCCUGAAGAAAGCAUAGUCCAAUGUAAUGAAGGAUCUGUUAUCAUGUUUUAUUCUAUCCUGGGCUACCUGGGUCUCUUGGCCAUUGCCAGUUUCGCAGUGGCAUUUCAAGUCCGCAAUUUACCAAAGGGCUUCAAUGAAGCCAAAUUUAUAACAUUCAGCAUGUUGAUUUUUUGUAGUGUGUGGGCGUCUUUUGUUCCAACUCACCUGAGUUCUAAAGGUAAAGGCAUGGUGGCAGUGGAAAUCUUCUCCAUUGUGUUCUCUAGUGCCGGGAUUCUAGGCUUCAUCUUUGCUCCCAAAUGUUACAUCAUUGUGCUAAGACCUGAUUUGAACAGCAGGGAGCUGCUUAUACAGAGGAAUCGUUAA